AUGGCAACUAGGAAUCAAACUAGAUCCAGUUGUGCAAGAGUUAAAGUUGAAGUGGAUUUGUUAAAGAAAUUUCCCAAAAGAGUUAAUAUUGGCAUGAAGAAGAAAUCUGGGGAAAUUGUUGAUAAAUGGCUUCAAAUAAAUUAUGAUUAUGUUCCCAAGUAUUGCCAGAAGUCCAGAAUUAUAUCCAAAGGAAGAAGAGGAAAGGAGGUUGUAAAGGAAGGCACUAGUAAUAACAAUAAAGAUGCAGUAGCAGAGACAGAUAAGAAUCUUUUUGAGGAGGUGAAGAAGAAUAACAAAUCAAAGGAUGAUCAAAGAAAAAAUAAAAACAAAGAAGUAAAGCAGGAUGAAAAUAGCAAAAAGGAUAAUAAGAAAGUGGAGAGUAGCAACAAAUAUGCUGCUCUACAGGAGCAUGAUGAAGAGGAACAGGUUAAACAUGAUGGAGGCACUAAAGGAGUAAGUGGUACAGAAGUUGAAAGUAAUUUGGAGAUGCAGGAAAAACCAGAUGAGAUCACAACACACGAAAAGCCUAAGCCAGCUGAAUCAAGUAAAACCUGGGUUGAGAACUCCUUUGGGAAGCAGGACAAGAAGAAUCAGGCUCAGCAGGAAGAAUCAGCAAAAACUGUACAAACUAAGGAGGACUCAAUCAAUCAAAAUGGAGAUCAUGAUCAAAAGGACAAGGAUCAGGCCACAGAUUCAACUGAGGGAUUGGAUCAGGACAUGGAUAAACCUUUGCAGAUUAUCUAUCCAAAUGAAGAGAAGAUUGAAGAUGCUCAAAAUUUGCAGUUGGUAGUCCAAUCUACUGAUAGCAAGGAGGAACUUGACAUUGUUGAUCAGUUAACUGAAUUGAGGGACACUUUGGAGGAUGAUACUAUGGAGAAAAAUAUAAACAACAUUUCUUAG